UAACAGUGUUCUUCCUUCUCUGCUUUCUCGAGAAGGGAUACAAGGAACAGCUGGUUGUUGCUUCAUCCCUUGACUUUCAUUGAUUAGUCAUGGAGUUCAGAAUAUUUCACUCAACUUAAUUGCAACAGAGCUUGUACACCACCAGACUCAUGUGAAUCUUGCCUAAUGGAAUUGCUCAGACUUUCACUGCUGUAAAAGAGGAGGAGAUUUGGAUUCUUGAUAGUUGGCACUGAGAGACUACUCACUUACUGAAUUUCCAUGGGAUGCAGAUCAUACCACUGGACUGUGUUUGGGUAAAGGAUGAAUUCUGCGUUUCUCUCAGGAGUCUUCCAACACAUUUUCUAAAUUACCUUUUCAUAGUGUUCUAAGUGAGCUUAUGUGAAACAAAUGGUAUUGGAACAUGAGUGAAGAAAAAAGCUUUGGUGUAUCCCAGAAAAUGUUGUCUCCUUCAAGAAGUACUAGCAGCUGCUCCUCCAAGCAGGGAAGUCGACAGGACAGCUGGGAAAUUGUAGAAGGACUCCGAGGAGCAAUGAAUAUUACCCAGGAGCCACAGAAGCAGGAGGGCUGCUUGCUGAAAAAGAGGAAAUGGCCUUUGAAGGGCUGGCACAAGAGAUACUUCUUUUUGGAUAGAGGGAUUUUGAAGUAUUCUAAAUGCCAAGCUGAUAUAGAGAGAGGGAAGCUUCAUGGCUGUAUUGAUGUUGGACUUUCUGUCAUGUCUGUAAAGAAAUCAACAAAAUGUAUAGAUUUGGAUACAGAAGAGCAGAUAUACCAUCUGAAGGUGAAAUCUCAGGACCUGUUUGAUGAAUGGGUAGCAAAACUUCGUCAUCACAGAAUGUACCGUCAGAAUGAAAUCUCCAUGUUUCCUCAUGACGUCAAUAAUCUUUUCUUCCCUGUGUCUACUACUGCGGACUCUGUCCCUGGUUUUUGUGAUUCUACUCCAGGUAGAAAGGCAGGCAGCUUGACCAAACAGAAUUCGUUGUCACCUGGAGGUAAUUUGUCAUUUUCCUUUUCAAGUAAUGAGUCCAGGAUUUCAUCUUGGCUACAGUCUUCUGAAGACAUGGAAAAAUGCUCAAGAGACCUCUCCAAUUGUCACACAUAUUUACUGGAAAUGAACCAGCUGUUACAGAGCAUGGAUGUUCUUCACAGGACAUAUUCAGCGCCUGCUAUAAAUGCUAUGCAGGUUGGACCUUUUGAAAGCCCAAAGAAGGAAAAGAGAACACACAGGAGGUGGCGAUCCAGAGUUGUUGGGAAAGAGGCUAAAGGAAUGUUACAGGUGCCUUCAGUAUUUUCUGCCCCUAUGAGACUGCAUGCUUCCAAUCCAAACUUAUCUACAAUAGAUUUUGUAGAGGAGAAAAAUUACUCUGAUGGCUCUGAAGCAUCAUCAGAAUUUACUAAAAUGCAAGAGGACUUAUUUCAUAUUGCACAUAAAGUUUACUUCACCUUGAGGUCAGCUUUCAGCACCAUAUCCACAGAGAGAGAAAAGCUGAAGCAGGUGCUGGAGCAUGAUGCAUCCUCAUCUCCAUCUGCACAAAUAGUUGGCUUGAAGAAUGCCUUAACAUCCGCAAUAGCACAAAACACAGAUCUUAAAGACCGGUUACGCAGAAUACAUGCCGAAUCUAUGAUCCUUGAUUCAGCAUCUAAUGCAAAAUCAAGUCCAGAUUUGGUGAAGGAAAAUUCGAGAGAAGAAAGCAGAGGUCUGGUUCACCAGGUCUCCAAUGAAAGCAGACUGUCUAUAGCUGACUCUCUCACAGAAUUUUUUGAUGCACAGGAAGUCCUACUGUCUGCUAGCUCUUCAGAAAAUGAGGUAUCAGAUGAUGACUCAUACGUAAGUGAUAUCAGUGAUAAUGUCUCAGAAGAUAACCUAAGCAAUGACAUGGAGAAUGAAAGACAAACUUUAGACUGUAUUUCUGAAAGUGGAAUUGGAUGCAAUUCUAAACGGAGAACAUGCUUACCAGCCCCAUGUCCUAAUACGAGUAACAUCAGCCUAUGGAAUAUCCUGAGAAAUAACAUAGGAAAGGAUCUCUCCAAAGUGGCCAUGCCUGUUGAAUUAAAUGAGCCACUUAACACCCUUCAGCGUCUCUGCGAGGAGCUGGAGUACAGUGAACUACUAGAUAAAGCAGCACAUACGCCUAACCCAUUUGAACGGAUGGUGUAUAUAGCUGCAUUUGCAGUCUCUGCAUAUGCAUCCAGUUACUACCGAGCUGGAAGUAAGCCAUUUAAUCCUGUGCUUGGAGAAACCUACGAAUGUAUUCGUGAAGAUAAGGGUUUCCAGUUCUUUGCAGAACAGGUCAGUCACCAUCCACCUAUUUCUGCAUGCCAUGCUGAAUCUGUGAAUUAUACUUUUUGGCAAGAUGUAAGAUGGAAAAACAAAUUCUGGGGAAAGUCCAUGGAAAUUGUUCCAGUUGGUACAACACAUGUAACUCUUCCAGUUUUUAAAGACCAUUUUGCAUGGAACAAGGUGACAUCUUGCAUCCAUAACAUCUUAAGUGGGCAAAGAUGGAUUGAACACUAUGGAGAGAUCAUCAUCAAAAAUCUUAAUGAUGACACUUGCCACUGCAAACUGACUUUCAUAAAGGCCAAGUACUGGAAUCCAAAUGCACAUGAGAUUGAAGGCAGUGUCAUGGAUAAAGCCGGGAAAGUUGUGCAUCGACUCUUUGGGAAGUGGCAUGAAAGUUUAUACUGUGGGACAACUUCAUCUUCAAACUGCGUAUGGAGAGCAAAUCCGAUGCCUAAAGAUCAUGAACAGUGGUAUGGAUUUACUCAGUUUGCACUGGAGUUAAAUGAACUGGAGCUGCAAACUAGGUCAUUACUCCCAUCCACUGAUACACGUUUUAGGCCAGACCAAAGGUUUCUAGAAGAAGGGAAUAUUGAAGGAGCUGAAAUGCAAAAGCAGAGGAUCGAGCAGCUACAGAGGGAACGACGGAAGGUGCUGGAAGAAAACAAUCUAGAGCAUCAGCCUAGAUUUUUCAGGAAAUCCAAUGAUGAUUCCUGGGUGAGCAACGGAACCUACAUGGACUUUAGAAAAGAACCUGGUUUUUCCAAACUGGACAAUCCUGUCCUCUGGUGAAAGAGGAGUCAAGUGAAGAUAUUCUGUGCUGUAUUCUCGGAUCUGAUUUAAAAGAAGUAUACAUAAAAUAUAUCUAUAUAUAUACAUAUAUAUACACACACACACAUAUAAUAUAUGUGUGGGGCGUGUAUGUGUGUAAGUGUGCAUAAUUGUGCUUAAUUUAGAAUCUGAUAAUUCAUUUGUUUUCUUUACUCUGACUAUUGCAGUAGUUGUUUGAAUGAAAAAAUACCCUAACUUCUUUUUAUAAAAUAUUUAAUAAAUAGUACUGAAUGUUAACAGCGAGAGGGAAAAGAGGACCUUUUACACUACUUUUCCAACAUGUAAUAAUGUCAGUUCUGAGUUAACUUAUGCCUUAUUGAAUUGCAUUGGAGACAGCAGCAUUAGCAUCUCCUAGCUGUGCUGAGAAAUCAGAGCGUAAGCCUUAGUAACUCAAACUGUAAGUAGGCUUCCACAGUUCAAUGAGUAGUUCGGCUGUCUCUGGGCUGGUAUAAAUUGCUAAAACAGAUUAUCAGCUGGUGCUGGAAUCCGAGUAUGAUCCUUUGCUGCGUGUAGAAAAGAUUUAAAUAAGCUUUUGUUUCUAUUAGUUUUCUUCUUAGCAUUAUGGAAGAGGUAGUUCUGAGCUUACAUCAGUGGUUCUACUGCCUUAUACGUAAACUGUACCUGGCUAAAUGUAGUGCUAGAAAUUCAGGAAUCGCCAAAAUUUUGCACUGGGAAUCUUCAGAUUUUAUAGCCCCCAACAGGGCAAGAGGAGGAGAUCCUUUGUACAUAAUGCUUAAGCACUGACUAGAUGAAGAAGCUCUCUUUUUCCAGUAAGUAAAAUCUAUACAGAGCACGAAAUCCUGUGCUUCCAUAGCUUUAUUUGUUUUUAUUAACCUAAAAAUUGCAACAGUAAGACUUUUUAAAAAGUAAGCAAACUGAUUGUUUUAAGCUAGAAAUUUUUUCUUAGUAUUUUGAUAUUUUCUACCUCUUAAGAAAUGAACAGCAUAUUUAAGAUCUUAUAUUUAAAAAAUUACCAUCUGCCUUAUGGAGAAAUGUAUGGAGUCUUUGAUCUUCCUCUGUUUGUUUGUUAUGUUCAGAUAAAUAUUCAAGUGUCUUGCACUAAACCAAUUGCAUCUCUUUCCUGUAAUUUUAUACAUAUGGCUAGAUUUGUGGAACUACUAAACUAUAGGUCAGAAAUAUAGCAGGAAACAAAUGUAGCAAAGUCGCACUUUUGAAUGAUUAUAGAGAUAGGCAGUAUUUUUUUUCCCCCCCAUCAAAUCACAAUGCCACAGUCAUUAACAGAAUAAUUUGCAUUCCUACCUAUCUGCAACUCAAGCCUGACCCAUGAUUCUUCAAGUCUGUUCUGUGUCUGUGACUCUCUGGCAACAACACAGUUUGCAAGUUUAGAUCUGUAUCCUGUCGCCACCAGCACCCCCUUUUCUUUUUCUUACAUGCCACUUUAAUGACAAAAAAUAAACCCAAAUGUUGUUGGCAUGUUUAACUGGCUUAUGACUGGAACAAUUGGACAAGGCAUGGAUAAGGGAGACUCCUAAGGGGACUAGUAGCUUAGAAAAGCUUGCACUUUACUGUGUGCUGCAUUGUUCUAAAGAAAACCCAUUAAAAAUGGAUCCAUGUAUUAUACGUAACAUGAAGGAAAUACUAUGAACGCUUCCACUUUAAACCACAUCUCUGAUGUCAGAUUAGAUGUAUAUUUGAAUUUUGCUUUCUGUUACAUUGAAACCCCAUUGUCUUAGAGGCAGACGAAUGCCUUUUCACCCUUUUUCACUUUGCCCAGGAACUCUGCCUCACUACCAUUUCUGUAAUUUAUUACCAAAGAAGUUAGCAUAAUUCUUUCUAUUUAAUAUGUCUUUUAAAGACUUGACUACCACGCCAGCAGCUUAGAAUAAGGCAAGGUUCACGUCAAUACGAGGACAAAAUCUGGGCUUUGAUUCCAAAGGAAAUCUUAACCUUUGGGGGCUGUUUGGCUUUUCAGGGAAAGUGAGGAUCUCUUUGUGGCUUGUUCCCUUCCUCUGUUUUAGUCUUGUAUUGACUGUCAAAACUUGGCACAAAAAUGAGUUGAUAUCUGUAAUUAUUCUUGCUGUUGGUAAUUACCAUUUAUACUAAAAAUAACAUUCAUUUAACAACAAAAAAGGGUAGGGAAAAUAAAAAAAAAGCUUUUAAGAAAGGGAGCAAAAUUUGUGGAGGAUGCAUUAAACUUGCUCAUCAUCAUACUUGGCAGGUACUGUGAUUACGGUCUGAUCUGAUUGCUGGGUUUGUAUUUUCUGUGUAUGCAGGGGAUUUCCCCAUACUUUGUCGUAUGACCUAAUAGUUGAUAGCAUCUAAAAUUAAAGGAUUAGAGGCCAAAAGGCAAAGUUAAAGAAUUGUAAUGCAUUAAAAUCAGCAGGUGUUAAACAAAACUAAUAUCUUAUUGGGUGUUUGAGUCAUGAUUUUUGGGAAAUCAGACUGGCAGUGUUGCCUUGUAUCUUACAAUCUAAAAUGUCUAAAAUACAUUUGAUUGAUGACAAGAAGCAUUGGGCUGAGUAGUGCCUUAUAUAAAAUUUUCUUCAGCAAAAUUCCCAUAUCAAGAAGGUAAACUUCAGAAUUUUACUGUCAUCUCCAGAAAAAUAAUGCCUGAGAAUAAUCCAGGGCAUUUCUUAAAUACAUGAAGCAAAAUCAUUGCACAAUAGCUCCUUUUGUAAAUCUCUGAUACACAUCUGCAAACAUGGUGUAACCAGUUGUGAAUGAUCCUCUGACCCCAUGUUUCCAACUGCAGUAUAGUUGUCCCUGCUUACUUUUGUACAAAACAAUUGGGUUUAGUUGUUAAACUUCUGUCAACUGUGUAUCAAGUAGUGGAAGCAAAUUGUCUUGAUGUUACUUCUGUGUAUUUCUGCAUAAAAAUACAGUCAUCAUUCACAAACCUUAAUAUACUCUCUACAGUUAUUCUUGGUAAAAUAUGAAAUUUUGGUAAUUUUCUUCCCCAAAACUUCAGAUGUGUUAAUGGGUGCAAAACUUACAUCAGCUUUCUGCAAUAUAACUAAGACAGCUCUUGUUUUUAAUAACUGACAUUGAGGGACUGUUUUCCCCCAUUUCUACCCUGAAUGGUAAAAAGAACGUAUCAGGCAACUUACUGCUUUCUUUCAUACACAGCAGUGAUCCCCAAGCUGUUUAGCUCAAUGUAUCAGUCUUAAAAUUUCCUGAUGAUUGUUGCCAGUUGCUAUAGCUCUCUUAUUUAAUGACUUUAUAAGCAUUACUUAAUAUGAUUUUGGAGGGCACUUUGAGAAGCACUCAUCUAGCACUGCCUUUCUUUGUGUAUCCAUUCACAAAGUAAAAAACUCACUAUAAACUUACAUCAAGGUGAUGGAGCAGCUCAGGCCUUUGGGUGUUAAAACACUGGCUCAGUUUUCAAAUUAUACAGCAAAGGAAGAAAAAAAAAUCCAGGGAAAUAGCAUUCAUAGAAACCCACAGCUCUACUUCCAGAUUUGCCAACUUGACACUUAGUUUCUGAUUUUGGUACAGUGUAAGUUUGGGAUUAUGAAACAGCAUAACUUGUUUAGGAGACUACUCUUGAUAGCAUAAAGUGCCCUUUAGCCUGAGUGGAACUGGAGUGCACCAUUAAUCAUUGCAUUCCUUUCUUAAUCUCUGCUCUCUGACAUAUGCUUUAUGUGUUAGUUUGCCAGCACUGAUUUACUUCUUUUAGAUGCUUUUUGAAAUACAGAUCUGGUAAAGUACUUAGGUUCUUUAUACAGAGCUUGGAAAACUAGAUGCAUGGCAGGAAGAGCGAAAACAGCCAAAAUUUUGAGAAGGAAACAUCCUAGAGAUCUGUUCUUCCACCACCAAGCUUUCUUUGAAGAACUGGAAGCAGGAUUGCUGCUUUCUUUUAAAACCUGGCCUGUGAAGGAGGUGGUGGUUGCAAACACGGUCACCUUAUUAUCUGGCAGUUUCGUGUUGAAGCCAGAUCACUGUACAGAAAGGAACACAAAUUCACAGGGCCAGAACGUACAACCAGGGACAGCUUUGGGGUUGCACAAAGGUCUAGUGCUGGUCUCAAAAAAAAACCCAAAAAACCAACCUAACAAAAACCUCACCCCUUCCCAUGCCCCCCACUUUCCCUCAGCUGUUUACAGUCCUGUUAAGGUUUUCUACAUGGCCCCUCAUACCUAAAAGUCCUUAUUCAGUGUCCCAUUUUCUCUUUAUUAAAAAAAUUUCUGAAGAGUAGGAAAACAGUCCAUUCCAACAAGUUUUUAAAUGACAAAUCAUGCCUAAAAGCUGCAGUUAAAAAUUUUCCCCAUAAACAUUGUGGCCUACUCCUGUAUCUUUUCCUUGACUGUGAACAGGACUUUCUUCCCACUUGCACUCUGGAGUCAGACCUGGUAAGGGUAGCAUGUUGCAGAAAUACGCAGCUACAUCUGCUCAGCAUACUCCUAAUUAACGUCCUUGCACCUGCUUUUGCAUAAAUAUCUUCUGUCAUCUCUCUAGAUGACCAGCUUUGCAGGGCAGGAGAUUUUCAGCAUAUCUUGCUUUGUUCAAUACAGCUUUUUUUGUGUGUACAACUCAUACAGAGGGGGCAAGCUGAAGAGGAGUGCAAAAUCUGGCCCACAGUGCAUAUAUAAUAGAGAGAAGGAUGAAAUCCAACCUCUCCACAUAACUGAAUACAUCUUGCAAGGGCUAGAGUCAGAUGGUGGUGUUCAAAGGUGUGAAGUUAAAAUGGAAGGGGUUUUUUUGGUCGAGUGUGUUUUCAUUCAUGGAUUAUGCCUAUUAUGAAUAAAAUUCACAGUAUUCACUAAUUCAUCCUUUCUAUUUUCUAGCUACUGGUGGGUGCAACUUACUCCAGCAGCUGUGGGUUCAUAAGAAACUGCACGUUAUCUAGCUUAUCUGUUGAAACUUAGUAAAUGCUGUAACUUAUCACCAAAUGUGUUAUUGUACUGCUCAGUUCUUAGAUACUGUUCUUGCUGCAGCUUUUGAAAGCAAUAAGAGAAAUUUUCCACAUAAAUAGUUGCCAUAUGUUAAAAAAAUAUUUUAAGCAGUUCCUUUUUUAUAUAAAUUGUGGAUUUGGUGUUUUUGUUGUAUAAAACAAAACUGUAUUAAAGCUUAUGAGAACGUUUGGGAGGUGGAUCCACAAGAGGUGAUGAGCUCCUUCAGCCCGGCACCUUUGGGAUGGUUGGUACCCCUGAGAAUCAGGAAGUCUUGUAUUUAUGUUAACGUUAUUUUACUAGUUCCAGUACUGGAAAAACAUACCAUAUGUAUGAGGUGUUACAUACGCAAAGCUGCUAAAUGCUGAAUUUAUUGUUUGUUUUGAUAGGGCAUUAGUGAUUUCAGAAUGAAGAAAGGUAUCUUAUGUGUUAGAAUUAUCACUGACUUUCAGAUUUUUGAGAAAAUGUUCCGUAGUCAGGAUCAUUCCUGUUUUCUGCUUCACUUACUCCAAAAAUUUGUAAUAAUGUUGGAGCACCUUGAUGUGCAAUUUGAUUUAUUAUUUUUGUCUCUGUAACCAAUUUAGUUGGAUGUUAAUAAAUCAUACUUGCAAAAGGUCAUAGAGCACCCUGACUUUUUCCCAGGGGUUGUAAGCAUCUUUCUUCAAAGGUUGUUAGUGACAGCUGAAACAAGUCUAGCUGCUGUAGUGAUCUGUGCUUUUUACACUUUCCAAAAUGGCAAGUAUGAAAGGGCUUCCAUCUGCUAGAAGCCUUAUUUAUCAUUCUUACAAUCUGUCUGGUAGUUGUGCAGUGUUCCAGUUGUUUACCAGUUACCUGCACGCACUGUACAGCACUGUCGUAUGGCUAUUAAGCCAGACACUGGGGCAGGGAAAGGGGUAAGCUGAUGGAAUUCAUUUACAGCUGGAAGUUGAUUCUUAAAAGCAGUUUUUAGUAGACAGAUGUGCAGCAUAAAUGUUAUGCUUUAGCAUGAGUGUGGAAACCACAAACCACGUGUUCUCCCUAAAACAACUUUUCAAAAUAAGGAAACAUAGUAUGUACUGGAUAAAAUAAAUAACGGGAAGGAAAUGG